UCAGUGACAGGAUACAAAUAGACACAGGAGGAACUAAAGUGCACUCUGUGCGUUCAGUGUGUAUAUGUUUGUGUUCUGUGUGUGUGUUUUCAGUGUGUGUUUGAGAGUCAGUUGUUGGAGCAGCUGUUGGUUGUUGGUGAUUUAUUUAGAAACACUGAAGCUUCCAGUCGACAGUGAAUGCACCACGAGGCGGAGACCACAACCAGGACCACACUGGGACAGGACAGACCUCCAUAGUCUGGAUCCAGGUCCAAAACCUGAAGAGUCCAGCAGACUGAGGUUUGAGAACGUCUGAGAAGAACUUCAUAUGAAGCCGCAGUUGAUGAUGCCGAUCAUGUGGACCAAUUAAUGAUGAGCGCUGCAGUUAGCCCCGCCCCCUGCCGCUGUUUGUUCUGCAGACAAACAGAUGAGAGUCCACAUUUCAACAUCAGAGAGAAGAGGUCAACACAGAGCCGCUAAGAUUAUCAAUAUGACUGAUUAUUAGUUAUGAACGACUACAGGAAGAAGUUGAGUUGACUCAUCACUGACCAUCACAAUCAAUAAUUAUCAACGGAUCUAAUUCGGAGGAAGCACGGAGACAGAGAGAGCUGACUGAAAACACUGGCACACUGACCUGAGAUCAGUUCUACACACUGCUCUGAACAGUGCCUGCAGGCUCCAUCGCUAUCACACAUCAGACCCGGAUCAGGUCUGAGCAAGCGGACCUCAUGACUUUUCCAUCAGCCUCGGUAUCUAAUUGGUGCUUCAGGGGUUCAUCCUGGUGAUGGAGCCUCGGGCUGCUGCCACGCUGCACACAGAGUUACCAUGGAAACGCUGCCUCCCUCUAGCCCUGCUGCUGGUUCAGCUGAGCUUCCCCAGAGUUGAGGCUUCCUGUCGCAUCCUGAGGUGUAAUUCUGAUUUCGUGGCUGCGACCCUUGACCUCGGCAGCAGUAGUACUGGUUCAGCAGCCCUCAGUCGAGAAGCAGUGAACGCUGGUUACUGCAGCGCCCUUCGCUCUUAUGCCACCUGCACCAGGCGCAUGGCACGGGCCUGUCGGGGUGACCUGGCCUACCACUCAGCUGUUCAAGGAAUUGAAGACCUGCUGAUCCAACAUCGAUGUCCGAGGGCAGGGCCUACUGCUCAGCCCCGCCCCCUGCCGCAGGGUACACUGUCAGGUGACUCAUGCCUAUACGAGAAGGGCUUCAUUGCCCGAGAAGGCCAUGACCUGGACUACUUGCACUGUAGUGUGUUUGGAGACCCACAUGUCCGAACCUUCAGCCACGACUUCCAGACAUGUGGCGUGAAGGGGGCGUGGCCUUUGAUCGACAAUGAGUACCUGUACAUACAGGCCACCAGCUCACCCACAGGACCAGGGUCCAAUGGGACAGUGCUCAGCAAGAUCACCAUCAUCUUUAAGAGCUGGCGUCACUGUAUUGAUCAGCAGCUCUACCAGGCUGAGCUUGAUAAUGUCCCAGCUGCGUUUGCAGAUGGCUCUGUGUGGAGCGGGGAACGUCGUGGUCAACAUGUCCUAACGGUGCGGACGCAGAGCGCCGGUGUCCAUGCAGAAAUCCGGGCUGCUCACAUUGGGACACUCCUGGUUGUACGUCAGAGUGGCCGCUCACUGAGCCUCGCCAUGCGGUCGCCACGUGCUGUUGUUGAGGCCUUCGCCCCUGAGCAAGACCUGCAGUUGUGUGUGUGGGGAUGCCCCGCCUCCCAAAGGAUUGAUAGGCUCCGCCCUCCAUCCCCUUCCUCCCCAGCAGUGGCGGUGGCAGCUCAGGCUCACUGCGCUGCUCUGCUUCCUGUCAGGGAUGUCUAUUACCAGGCCUGUGUGUUUGACCUCCUGACCACUGGAGACCUGAACGCCAGCGCUGCCGCUGUGGCUGCACAGCAGGAUGCCCACACCAUGAUUCCUGAUCCUGAAUCAGUCCACCUGCUGCCCAUCGCCUCUGCCCAGCCAUGUCAUCUGAGACCGGACCUGCUGCUGCUGCUUGGCAUUCUGGGAACUUUAACAAGAGCAUGUUGAUAGAAAACACGGGUCCAGUCCCAGUCUCCACCAUAAAACCUGAUCCUAAAAUCCUCACCUUAAAGGCAGUAAAACCUUACCCACAUGAGGUUACCAUACUGACACAAAAACAUGGUUGAUCAAGACACGACAGUAUCUUUAUUAAUCCUGUCAGGAAGAUGAAAUUGACAUAAAGUCCAAAAUGAAAUUAAGUCAAAAAACAUGUUUCCAAUCCAUCUUAUAGAUAUAGAAACAGUUCCACUAAAUGUUUGGGACUUCCUACAUUCUUCUUUAGGUUGCGUUUCUAUGUACAUAUUUUGUACCACAUAACAACACUAUGAAUUGUGGGUAAUUCCUUCAGGCAGAGUCUCCAGGUGCAGACUCAUGGAAAUUAUUUAUAAAGGAUGCCUGUGAUCGAGGCCUGAAUGACUUGGCAGUUUAACAGUGGAACAAAUCUAAACCCUCGGACAGAACCAGAAUGAAACUCAGUCUGUGAGGGUGGAUGCUAGGACUGGACCACUGUCCCCUCUUCUCAUUUCCCAAUUUGUAGCUCCUCAACUCCUCUCCCCAUCUCAGCCCCUCCCACCUGAGAUGUAAGCAGAGGAGUCGAAGAGAUAAACAUCCUCAUCUUGAACCAGCCAUUUUCAAUACAUGUUAAAUAUGUAUGUUACAGAAUAUACCACUGUAUUUUAUAAUGUCAGAUGAGUCUUCACGUGUACUUCUUACUUUUAAUUCAGUUCAGAACAUCACUGUGUGUCAGCGGACAACACAGGGAUGUCAAAUUUUUAUUUAACACAGAGAUUUGAUUGUGCACUUGAUCAUAUUAAAUAACUAAUACAAACUUUGAA